AGGUCACGUGCCACUAUCUACCGGAGAAGGAGAAGUGCCUGUGGUGGCUCCGGGGCGGGGACAUACUUCCGGUGUAGUAAGUGACUGAGAGCUUCUCGGCUCCGGCGCAGGGUGUCACCAACAUGGAUAGUCAAGGCAGGAAAGUCGUGGUGUGCGACAAUGGCACAGGGUUUGUAAAGUGUGGCUAUGCCGGCUCUAACUUUCCAGAACACAUCUUCCCAGCUUUGGUUGGGCGACCUGUUAUUCGAUCUACUGCCAAAGUGGGAAACAUUGAAAUUAAGGACCUUAUGGUUGGCGAUGAAGCAAGUGAAUUGCGCUCAAUGCUUGAAGUUAACUAUCCAAUGGAAAAUGGCAUUGUACGAAAUUGGGAUGACAUGAAACACCUCUGGGACUACACAUUUGGGCCUGAAAAAUUAAACAUUGACACCAGAGAUUGUAAAAUUCUUCUUACGGAACCCCCCAUGAACCCUACAAAAAAUAGAGAAAAGAUUGUGGAGGUUAUGUUUGAGACCUAUCAGUUUUCUGGUGUUUAUGUGGCAAUACAAGCAGUUCUUACUUUGUAUGCACAAGGUUUAUUGACUGGUGUAGUUGUGGAUUCUGGAGAUGGUGUCACUCACAUUUGUCCUGUGUAUGAAGGCUUCUCUCUUCCUCACCUCACCAGGCGAUUAGACAUCGCUGGCAGGGACAUCACACGUUACCUGAUAAAGUUGCUUUUAUUGAGAGGCUAUGCUUUUAAUCACUCUGCUGAUUUUGAGACGGUUCGUAUGAUCAAAGAAAAGCUUUGUUACGUUGGAUACAACAUUGAACAAGAACAGAAACUAGCUUUAGAGACCACAGUCCUUGUGGAGUCUUACACUCUUCCAGAUGGCAGAGUAAUUAAAGUUGGCGGAGAGCGCUUUGAAGCACCAGAAGCUCUCUUCCAGCCUCAUCUUAUUAAUGUUGAAGGUGUUGGCGUUGCUGAAUUACUGUUUAACACCAUCCAGGCAGCUGACAUUGAUACACGGUCAGAGUUCUAUAAGCACAUCGUGCUUUCUGGAGGCUCCACAAUGUACCCAGGACUGCCUUCCCGUCUGGAGCGAGAGCUUAAGCAGUUGUAUUUAGAACGUGUUCUCAAAGGAGAUGUUGAAAAACUCUCGAAAUUUAAGAUUCGCAUUGAAGAUCCUCCUCGCCGUAAGCAUAUGGUUUUCCUGGGAGGUGCUGUAUUAGCUGACAUCAUGAAAGACAAAGACAACUUCUGGAUGACUCGCCAGGAGUACCAGGAGAAGGGAGUGCGUGUUUUGGAGAAACUUGGAGUGACUGUCCGAUAAAAAUAACUUUUGGUUCCCAUCGCUUCUUUAAAGCUUUCCUUCCUUUAUUGCCAAUCUUUGAACUCAUUCAGCUACUUGACUUGGGAAGGCCUUUCUGUGCCCCUUUUUGACCUUAAAGGUCAGGUUUUUGUCCUGGUUUCCUGGUGAGAGCUUUGGUAAACGUUUAUUCAUGUGACUAAAUUUAACUAUUUAAUUUGUGUAUUUCUUUAUCAACACAAAUCUCUAGCAACAGAGCUUAACUGCUCAAUUGUCUGUUCCCAGUAGGCAUUUGACUUAUCACAGAAGGCUUUUUCCGUUAGUGUACUGCUUAAAAACUGCUUUAUCUUCUGCUGGGUUUAUUUUGUCUUUUAUUACCAUGAAAAUCCUUAAUAACUGUUUAUUUAGCACUAGAUUGUUAAUGACCAAUGUUGCACCCUUUUGAUACAUUUCCACCGUACUCUUGCUUAUUCUUUACAGAACGAUGAGGUGAAAACCCUUCAGUGUAACCAACCUGCUUUCAGUUAGAAUUCUAUUCCAUUUGUAGCUAGUUACUGUGCAGUAGUGAGGUUAUUCUACCAAUUUCAUAUAUAAAAGACUUAUUUUUGUUUUUAUUUUUUAUAUUUUAAUUUUACACCAUUGUAUGUUUCUAUAUAGUGUACAUCUGGUAUGCUUUUUGUUGCUAUAUAGUAUAUAUCUGGUAUGCUUUUUUUUCCUUUUGCAGCCUAUUAACAAAACACUUGUGCAGGUGAUAAGGGCAGGUGGGAACAAGAUCCCAGUAAUUCAUUAGAGAAACAAUACAUUUUUAAAAAAGUGUGAUUAAUAGAUAUAAUUUCUCUAUAUUUUGAAAUAAACGGUUUAGUGUUUCUCCCCCCACCCCCCCACCCUUUUUUUUUAUAUAUAUAUAGUUCAGACUUUAAAAAUGCAGAUGCUUUGAUCCAGUGCCAAGUGCUGUUCUUCUGAGAGGACCUUUUUUUAAGAUAAAUUACAAAAGUUAUUUACAACCAGUGUCUGAUCAGUAGGGUGUGAAAUCAUUUGCACAAAUCAAAGUUGCUGGAGAGAAUCCUAUGUUCCUUUUUCUCUUUGUAAGUCUUCAUACCUCGUAAAGUGGUAGUUUACAGAAAGUUUUUUAAUAAAAGCCUUUAGUGAUACACUUUAGUGAAAUAGUUGUUAACUUUUUGCUUCUGCACUGUCUUUUUGCUAGCUUAAAAUAGGCAUGGGAAAAUUUUCGAAUUCGGCAUCAGUUUGCAAAACGAAUGCUGGAUAUGGCUGGAUGCAGCAGAAUUCGGCUCUUUUCAGAGCCUGAUAUCAGUGUGAAAAAAAGAUUUGUGCAAAUUCGGAUAUUCUUCCAUGCUUAGCUUUUAACAGUGUUUCCUAUUUGUUCAAAUGCAAACAAAACUAUUUCUUAUAUUGACUGAGCUCUGCCAUUGAAUUCAGGCAAGGACAAAAUGUAAAACACUUUCUGAUUUAGGACACAGAGUUUAACGGAUUAAGACCAAUGUGUUGGAGAGUGGAUAAUUUAAAAACAUAACUUAAAGAAGUUAAAUAAAAGAAUGCAUUGCAACAGGUUUGUCUAAAGGUGUAACCUUGCAUACCCUUAAUUGUUAUGGAAUAUUGCUAUGCAGGCUUUUCAGAUUAGUACUAUUGUACUUUGACUUUGUAUUAAAUACAUAGUCUUUGGGGAAUGCGGAUGUUAAAAAAAUCUUUAGCUUACUACAUAAGUAUACUUAUAAAACUUCAGUAUUUUUCAUGGUAAUUUUCUUGCUAUGGCUUGCAAAAUACAGGGCAUACAAACUGCUUUUAGAUCAGUGGCUGAUAUUUCCUUUUUGUUUUCAUAAUUUCUGUCUCCGAAUUUAAGGUAAUUUUUAAACUAAUUUGAAAUAAAUUGGUCAUUAUCUCCGA